CGGUUGUGCAAAGAGAUCAGUGUUACUGGCCGAGCUGAAAAGACGGCUUGUCCUGAUGAAAUUUACAUUGUAGCUUGUUGUAGCUUCACUUGUUGACCAAUGGAAGAAGGUAGUGUCGAAGGCUAUGUGCUCCAACAACAUCUCGUUUAUGAGUUAUUGAUCCGCGAAGUCCGAAUCUGUGAGUCCAGCUUUACCGAAUUUAAAGUCAGCUGGCCAGGGGCGAAAGGCUUUUUCUGAGCAAACAUGAAGACCUUGAUGCUGUUGUCUGUCCUCUGCCACUUUGCAUCUCCAGUGAGACACUCCCUGAAGUAUGUGCUCAGUUAUUCCCAUGGAAUCAGAGACAUCCCAGAGUUUGUGGCUGUUACUUCAGUUGAUGGAGUUCAGAUAGGUUACUUUGACAGCAUUGGACAAGUACCUCAGGUCACAACAGACUGGAUGGAUAAAUUAUUCCAAAACAAUCCUCACCAUUUGGCAUGGUACACUACUAUCUGUCUGGGUAACCAGCACACCUUCAAAGCCACCAUAGAGAGUUUGAUGCAGCGUUUUAACGAAACUGGAGGUAUUCACAUUUUCCAGAGGAUGAAUGGCUGUGAAUGGGAUGAUGAGACUGAUGAGGUCAAUGGUAAUCUUCAUUAUGGCUAUGAUGGAGAAGACCUCAUAUCGUUGGACCUGGAGACAGAGACAUGGAUCGCUCCAAAACAACAGGCUGUUUUCACCAAACACGAGUGGGACAGAGAUAGAUACAACAGUAUAUUUUGGAAGUAUGCCCUUAGACACGAGUGCAUUGAGAACCUUAAGGAGUAUGUAAACUAUGGAAAGAGCUCUUUGCAGAAAACAGACCUUCCCUCAGUGUCUCUCCUCCAGAAGUCUCCCUCCUCUCCAGUCAGCUGUCACGCUACAGGUUUCUACCCUAACAGAGCCAUGAUGUUCUGGAGGAAAGAUGGAGAGGAGAUUCAUGAGAAUGUGGCUCUUGGAGAGAUUCUCCCCAACCAUGAUGGAUCCUUCCAGAUGAGUGUUGACCUGGACCUUUCAUCAGUCCCACCUGAAGACUGGAGGAGGUACGACUGUGUGUUUCAUCUCUCUGGUGUGAAGGAUGACAUCAUCACCAAAUUGGACAAAGCAGUGAUCAGGACCAACUGGGUUUCUCCCUCACAGUUUCCUGCUGGUGCUGUUAUUGGAGUUGUUGUAGGACUGCUGCUGCUGCUGACACUCUGCAUCACUGGACUCUGCAUCAGGAGAAGGAACCAUCAUGGAUUCAGACCUGCAAACAGAUAAGUCAGACUGCCAAGCAUGAACUGAUUUACACUACAAACAAGAUCAUUGAAGUGACAGUCAGAGCUAACAGAAGCACACCUGUGGAGAAAAAUCCUCUCCUAUCAACAUCUGGAGAGAAGUGAUGCUACUGUCCAGCUGUUCCUGCAGACUCUCUCUGGAACACUUAUUAGUAUUGGACUUUAUCUAGUCUAUAUCAUUAGGUACUAGGCAGUCAUCUGUCUUUGAUGGUGAUCAGUAGGAAGUCCAGCCCUUGAGCUGACUUCUGUUUAAAGUUUCCACUCUUGAAACACACUGUUGAAGACUCUGGAGUGAAUCCCAGCUAUAUACUCUUGUCUCUCCAGUGUGUCAUAAAACAAAAUACUAAUUCCUAGUGUUUGUACAUAAAAUAUAUAUAUUACUGGCCUGCUUGUACAAAAUGAAACUGUUAGGCCUCUUACAUCUUCUGCAGUUGCUCUAUAAUCUCUUAAUGUGUAUUUAAAUUUAUGUUAUCUCUCUAUCUGCUGUAACAUUUUUUUAUUGCUGUUGUUGUUGCUAUUAUGAAUUCCUAUUUUUAGAAUCUGUUGUUUCCUGAAGUACUGCACUUUAAGUGUGUGUGUGUGUGUGUGUAGUUGAGCUUUUUUUUUUCCUUUUUAUUUGUAUUCAUUUUUGAGUUUGUAGUCAUUUUAAUCUGUUAAUGAUUGUGAAUUUUAAAAAACAAUGUGUUUGUACAACUAAGAAGAGUCUGUUUUUCAGUGUAUGGGGUGGACUUGUGGAAUGGGCUGCUUGAUGAGUUGAAACAAAGCACAAAUAGAAACAUAUUUUUGAAAACUCUACAAAAGGGGUGUCGGUAACUUAGUGGAUAGUGCCGGCGCCCCAUGUAUAGAGGUGAUGCCUCACCGCAGCGGUCGCGAGCUCGACUCUGGCUUGCAACCCUUUGCUGCAUGUUGUUCCUCAACUCUCUCUCUCCCCAUUUCACACUGUCCUGUCUAUUAAAGGCAAAAGCCCCCAAAAAAUAAUCUUUAAAAACUACACAAAAAUAUUUUUGGACAUAUCUGUGAGGAAAGGUUGCGUAAGAGUGCAUAUUUAUUUAUUUAUUUUUUAUUUUUGAUAAGAUUAUUUUGAUUAUAUGCAAAUAAUAUAAAACCAAGGAAAGCAAGUAUAACAGAAGCAUAACAACAAAUGAACAUGAAAAAAAAAUAAAAUAAAUGAAAGCCAGAGUAAGAAAUAAAUGCACAUAUUCGAAAAGGAGUGAGAAGUAGUAAAACUUAUAUACUCACCUCUGAAUUUCAGAAAAUAUAAUAUCCCAUGUCAAUCAUAGAUUAAGUUAUAUAUCAAUACAAAAUGACUUUUUUAUGUGUUAUUAAAUAGCUUCAUAAUUCUCGCAAUAUAUUUGUAACAGAUACAUUACUAUAUACCUCCACUAAUCUUCUAAUAUUCAUUAGAAACUAAUACUAAUAUUAGUAAUUUUACAGUACAUUAUUAUUUGUUUAUGUUUAUAUGUUAUUCAUUUGAUAAUUCAUUAUCUCUAGAAUGCCACACACAUACACAUAACAAAAUAAACAAGAUAACACAGAACACAGACAAUUCACAGGAAACAGCCAAAUAACCAGUAACCCAUAUGACACCUAGUGAUUUUCAAUACCUCCUUCCUCCCUGUACCUAGUGAACACCAUGUUUUUGUACAUUACUUUAAAUUGUUACAUAUUUGUGCAUUCCUUCAACUACACAGUAAACCUGUUCCAUAAUCUCACCCAACAAAUUGAUAAACAAAAACUUUUCCUAGUUGUGCGUAUGCAGUGUAUUAGAUUUACCCCUUAAAUUAUAACCCCUUUCUCGCUCACUGAACAAUUCCUGAAUGUUUCCUGGUAGUAAAUCGUUUUUUGCUUUGAACGUUAUUUGUGUUAUUUAUUUAUUUAACACUGGGUGGUAUUUGGGAUGUAAAUAAACUGGGUUUAUUACCUAUUUCUUUAAUUGGGUGGUAAAUUGACUGGGGAUAGUUUUAUAUAGUUGUAAAUAAAUUUGGGAAAUUGUUGAUAUAAUAUAUGCGUUAAAAGAAGAAAUUUAAGAAAGGGGAAGAGACAUAUAAGUUUUACUUGUACCCACUUCUUUUCAGGCGCUGCUAUCCUUGUCUUGUUUAUUUCUUUAUGUUUUGUUUUGUUUUGUUUUGUUUCGUUUCAAAAUAAAGUCAUUCAUUCACUCA